CCAACCUCCCCCAAUCUCUCUCUCUCUCUCUCUCUCGCUCCCCUCCGCAACGCGCGACCUCACACGUCCCCCUCUUCCCGCUCUUCCUCCUCCUCCCCCUCCUCGCCUCCACUUCCACCUCGAAAUCCCUCCUCCAAUUCCAGCGCCCCGUCCCCGUACGCUUCGUCGAUCGGCGGUGGAUGCGGGUGGGGGUGGUGGUGGUAGGGAAGGGGCGAUCGAUCGAGCAUGGCCAAGGCGUGGGAGAAGGUGGCGACGGCGGCGGGGUUGGGUGGGUCGGGGGAGAGGCGCAAGUACCCGAUCCGCGUGGAGGACUACGAGCUGUACGAGGAGAUCGGGCAGGGGGUCAGCGCCAUCGUGUACCGAUCGCUCUGCAAGCCCCUCGACGAGAUCGUCGCCGUCAAGGUGCUCGACUUCGAGCGCACAAACAGUGACCUGAACAACAUCAUGCGUGAAGCUCAGACGAUGAUUCUCAUAGAUCAGCCUAACGUCAUGAAGGCACAUUGUUCAUUUACAAAUAACCACUCGUUGUGGGUGGUCAUGCCAUACAUGGCUGGAGGGUCUUGCCUUCACAUAAUGAAGUCAGUCUAUCCAGAUGGUUUUGAAGAAGCUGUCAUUGCAACUGUACUUCGUGAAGUCCUGAAAGGUUUGGAGUACCUUCAUCAUCAUGGGCAUAUACAUCGUGAUGUGAAGGCAGGGAAUAUACUUGUUGAUUCACGGGGUGUAGUCAAGCUUGGAGAUUUUGGGGUUUCUGCUUGCCUUUUUGAUUCUGGUGACAGGCAACGGGCUAGGAAUACUUUCGUGGGAACUCCUUGCUGGAUGGCACCAGAGGUUAUGGAGCAGCUACAUGGAUACGAUUUCAAGGCAGACAUAUGGUCCUUCGGAAUUACUGCACUUGAACUUGCCCAUGGUCAUGCUCCUUUCUCGAAGUUCCCUCCCAUGAAGGUCUUACUUAUGACACUUCAGAAUGCCCCUCCGGGCCUUGACUAUGAGAGAGAUAAGAAAUUUUCAAGGCAUUUCAAGCAAAUGGUUGCUAUGUGUCUGGUAAAAGACCCUUCAAAAAGGCCUACAGCGAAAAAAUUGCUGAAGCAACCCUUUUUCAAGCAAGCUCGCUCCAGUGAUUUCAUUAGUCGAAAGCUUUUGGAGGGAUUGCCUGGCCUUGGUGCCAGAUAUUUAGCUCUGAAGGAAAAGGAUGAAGUUUUACUUUCUCAAAAGAAAAUGCCUGAUGGACAGAAGGAAGAAAUCUCACAGGAUGAAUACAAAAGAGGCAUCAGUAGCUGGAACUUUGAUAUGGAUGACCUGAAGUCUCAAGCUUCACUUAUUACAGAGUGUGAUGACAGUAUAUCGUGCAAAGAUUCAGAUGCAUCAUGUUUCUAUGACUUGGACACCAUUUUACCAGAGCGAGCAACAGGACCUCAUAUGUCAAGAGUUUUUUCAAUUAAGUAUGAUACGGACACCGAAAAUGAUGUGAUGAGCAAUGAUAAGUCAGCAGUUUCAUCUCCUGAGCACCCCAUUUGUUUAGCAAGGAAUACAUCAAUGCUCAGGACUACAAACGGGGUACAUGCAAAUGGCCAGGUCAGGAAACACAGCUCCACAGAAAGUAGUGAACUGGACUUGCAAGAGAAAGAUUCAGAUGCUAUUCCAACCAGUUCAUUCAGCUCAUUUCAUGAAAGGAAGUUUUCUUUCAGUUCUUGCUCAUCUGAUGGAUUUCUUUCAUCCAAAGAGAGCUCGAAGCAUCAAAUUAACAUUCAUAACCGUGACAAGUGCAACGGAGGACCCUUGCAAGUUGCAGAUGAACCAUCCCCUGAAGCUGUUCCAAAGGUGCCUAAAUCAUCAGCAGCAAAUGUUGAGGACCACGACGAUAGAUCGAAACCUCCUCUUAUACAGCAAAGAGGCCGUUUUAAAGUUACGCCUGGGCAUGUUGAGUUGGAUAAGGCUCACUCACCUGGACUACAGAAGAGUCACAGCAUGCAGGCAAUUUCGCACCUUCCUUCGUUAAGUAUACCAUCCUCAAUUGAGGCUGCAUCAACCAUUAUUGGUGGGUCCCUUUAUAUGCAGCUGUACAAUGUUCUACAGACAAAUAUGCUUCAGAGGGAGCAAAUACUUCAUGCGAUGAAACAGUUAAGUGGUUGCGAUAUGGCAAUGACGUCACCUGCCUGCAUUGCUCCUGCAAGUCGCGCAUCAUCUCCAUCAUCAGCAUUAUCAAUUGACAGAUCAUUGUUGGAAGCGGCACACGAAAAGGAGAAGGAGCUGGUCAAUGAGAUCACUGAGCUGCAAUGGCGGUUAGUGUGUUCGCAGGACGAGAUACAGAGGCUCAAAGCAAAGGCAGCCCAGAUCUGAUCUUGUGGAGAUGCUGUUAGAUAUGGAACAGCACGGGAAGGAUUGAGAAGGUAUGUGUUAACAAUAAGGUUUUUGGAGGAGUUGAAAUGGAGACUUUUGGCAUAUCAGACAAGAAAAACAAUGGAGAGAUAAUAUUGUAGGGACUGCAGUCAGUCAUUAUCCUAGUCUAAAAAGGAUGUAUUGUUUUAUGCAAGUUAUAUCUUGCUGUUUAUGAUCAUCAGAGCGCCGGUUUUUAUCGAGGUGCCGUUAUGCAAGGGAAAACAAAUUGGAAUGUUCGCUAUCAUUAGCAAAAUCCUUGCACUUAUGUAUUUUUCUUUUGGUUUCAUGAUGCUUAGAGCAGUAGAACAAUACCCAGUGUGGAGUAAUCUGCGCGGACUUCUGUCAGUAUGGCAGUAUGCUGGUUCAUUUCAUUGUAACCACUCAGGGCAAAGUCUGUCAGUCGUGUAGCAAAGCAGUUACAUAUACUUGUAGUGUAAUUAUAUUGCCAUAUUGGCAGUUACUAUCUAUAAUUUACAUCCACAA